AUGACUGGUCGCGGUGGUGGCGGUGGUCGCCGUGUUCUCGUUCCUCCCAUAACUUCAUCUUCAAGCUUCUCCAAUCAGUGGUGGUUCAAUGCGGCUCGAGCUCUGGGACUGUUUUGUUCUGAAUCGACUGGGCCAGGAUUGAACGACUGCAAUGGAUACCGAUCUUCAUCCCUAGCGCGCUACACUGGUGAUGCAUCUCCCAAUUCUGCUGAGAGAUUGUAUCAUAUUAUGCUAUUGAGGUCCAUAAGACGGGAGUGGACGCACGCUACGGUCAGUGUCUGGCUGUACGAGCAGCUCUCCAUUCGUAUUGAAGGCAAGAUCAGAGGCUUCGAUGAGUUCAUGAAUCUGGUCAUCGACGAUGCCGUAGAGGUUAAGCAGAUUACCAAGACCAACGAUAAGGAGUCCAGGAGACCUCUCGGUCAAAUCCUGCUGAAGGGAGACAAUGUGUCGCUGAUCCAGAGCGCCGCAAGCUGA